UCGCUGUCUUUGAUGCUUUGUGACAUGUUUGUCUUUGGGGACCUCGACAACACUUUGGAGUCGCACAAGUCGUCCUCGUGAACUCGUUCGUCUGCGUCGGACUCGCUUCUCUGCUACUAUUGCGCGUGCAGCUUUCGCGGGCGCGGCAUGGAGUCGACGUGGAGCCGUCGGCUGUCCGACUUGGCGGACGAAAAGACGAGCUGGACCGGCCCGCAGGUCCGGCGGCUGCUCCAGGAGCUGCUCCUGGUCCACCGCGCGGACGUGGACCGGGUGCGCUCGUUCUGGGUCGACGAGUUCGGCCGACUGCAACGGGCCCGGGACGCGGCGCUGAAGGCGGCCGACGACGAGUGGCGCCGGCUGUGGGCGCGCCGCGAAGACGACAUCGCCCGCCAUCUCCUGACCAUGAGGGAAAGCGUACGGCUCCACGUGGAGAACCACUGGGACAACAUGGAGUGGCAUCUGGACCGGACCGUGGACGAGUGCGACGAGGAACUGCGCGGAGUCAAGGCCGCCAUGGAGCGCAAGGUCGAGGAGAAGGAGAAGCAGCUCACCCGGCUGCGGCAGCUCCACGCCGACACGGCGGCCAGCCUGGAGGAGAAGGAGGAGCAGAUGAGCCGAGUCAAAGACUUCCUGCUCCUCCUCAAGUCCAGCCUGGAGGACAAAGAGGAGCAGAAGGACCGGCUGCAGCGGCUCCAGCGGGAGCGGCCGGAGAGCGAGCGCCGGAGGAGGCGCGCCGACGAGCCGGCCGAGCGUCCGGAGCCCGAGCGGGAGGCCGGCGCCGGGGCGGAGGCCCUCAGGCGCCGCCGGCGCCUCCACGGCGUCAAGAGUCUGGUCAAAGGCUUCGUGGGACACAACGCCCGCUUUACGGUCAGCGGCGCCCGACUGAAGAGCGACACGGACAAAGAGGACCAAAGGAGGGAGAAAGAGGAAGAGAAGGAGGACAAGAAAGAAAAUCGGGGGAGAAGAAAUUUGCCAGCUGGCAAAUUCUCUUAGUUGCUGCCGAGAGGUCGUUGGGCCGAGGACCCCCCCACGAAAACGAAAGACUUUGCCUGCCCUUUUUGCCUUGGCGGGAUGCAAAAGUUGUCCGGCGACUCACAAAGGUGAGCCUUUUUGUCCAAAGUCUCCGGGACUGCAACGGUCAUCGCCCCCCUCCCCCAUUUGUCCGGAACUUGUGAGAUGAAUGGCAGUCAAGAUGGUGGAAUGGAAAUUCUUUGACUUCGCAAAUGGAGAAUGAUUUUCCUUCAAAGAUAUUUUGGACUGUUCAAUAAACUGGUGGGCAACGGA